AGAGGACUCAAACUGCCGGCCCGCGGGCCAUUUACGGCCCCCCUCCCCCCAAUCCCCGGCCCGCCCCGCAUGUUAAAAACAUAAUGUAGUCAGGCCCGCAAAAUAUUUUUAAAAUUAAAUGUAUUUAUUUUAUUUUUUCGUUUCUUCAUGCUAAUUAAAAAUACAAUUUCUUAUGAAAUUCAAAUUUUAAAAAAAACGUAAUUCAAUAAAAAAAUAUUUUGACAAGGUUGUAAGUCAAAGGCCAAAGGUACCCGCACAUGCUCAGAGAGGUUCACGGAGUGAGAGUGGUUGGCGCAAAAGUGUUGCGUUGUUGUUACGGCUGCUUACGACCAAGCUGUCGCUUUCUAAGUCAAAAAGGAAAGUUGACAAUGAACACAGACAGUUUCAAGAACGAUGGACAUUUUUUUGUGGAGUUUAGUGGACAUGCAACCUGCCUGAUAUGCCAGGAAAGAAUUGCCGUUUUAAAGGAGUACAAUCUCAAGCGUCAUUACUGCACUAAACACGGAGAGCAGUAUGAAAAGUACCAGGGAGAGGAGAGGAAACAGUGUCCCACGCAGCUACAGAGAGGACUUCUUUCUCAGCAAAGUCUUUUCCACAAAUCCAAGAAGGAGGCCGAUGCUGCUGUUGAAGCAAGUUACGUGGUGAAACUAUUAAUUGCCAGAACGGGGAAACCAUUCACGGAAGGACAGUUUCUGAAGGAGUGCAUGUUGCAAGUUGCUGACAUUCUGUGUCCAGAAAAGAAGAGUUUGUUCAACAAUAUUUCUCUAUUGGCAAACACUGUGGCAGAGCGGAUUAGCAGUUUAUCACGUGACAUUUAUGACCAGUUAUGUGACAGAGCAAAACGUUUCACUGCAUACUUUGUGGCGCUUGAUGAAAGCACGGAUAAAACGGACACUGCCCAGCUGUCCAUUUUCAUCAGGGGUAUUAAUGACCAAUUCGAAGUGACUGAAGAGUUGAUGAGUUUGUGCGCAAUGCACGGCCGCUCUACAGCCAAGGACAUUUUUCAGCAGCUCUCUGACGCGAUUGAGCGUGCGGGUUUGCCAUGGAAUAGACUGGUUGGCAUCACCACUGACGGAGCCCCGUCCAUGACAGGCAAAAAAAAACGGACUAGGCACAGCAUUCAGUGGUGAUGAAUAUGCCUCUGCUAUUGACAAUCUUCUGCAGGAGUUUGAUCAGCGUUUUGCUGACUUCAAGGAACACCGGGUCACUUUCCAGGUAUUUGCAGACCCUUUUUCAGCUGAUGUUGAGAGUGUCCCAAGUGUGUUGCAAAUGGAACUUGUUGACCUGCAGUGUAACAGUGAACUGAAAAAUAAAUUCAGAGAGGUACAGGGGAAGGCAGACCUGACUGGACAGUUUCUAAGAGAAUUACCUGCAUCCUUCCCAGAGCUAUCCAAAUUGUUCAGUCGUGUAAUGUGCCUUUUUGGAAGCACAUAUCUGUGUGAGAAACUUUUCUCGACAAUGAACUUUAAUAAAUGCAAGUACAGGUCUCAGGCUUAGUGAUGCACACCUUGAAGCUGUACUCAGGGUUUCAACUGUGACCUCCAUCAAGGUAAAUGUGGCUCAGCUGUGUGAGCAGAAGCGCUGCCAUGUGUCUGGCAAGAAAUAGAAUGCAGGAUUAAUGUAUUGGUAUUUUGAGUAACUGCAUUUUUUGGUUCAGUGCAGGUUUUAUUAAUUAUUUGAUUAAGUUAUUUUAGUUAUUUAAGUUAUAAAGCAAACAUAAAAGACUUGCACUACUAAAUAAAAACAGAUGUUUUGAAAAAUGUAUAUAAACUGCUGUUUGUAUUGGUGAUGUGUGACAAAAUUUUGCGGAAACAAAAAGUACAUUUGCAAAAAUAAAGUCCUUUUUGUGG